AUGGACCCGUGCGUGGGAUUCAGAAAUGCAGUGAUGACUGGUGACUUUGAGUUUAAGAUAUUAUUGGAUGAAGAUAUCUUAACAACAACACCAACAUGCAUUUAUCCUGAGGGGAUAUAUAUGCUAUAUUAUAGAUCAACUGAGACAGUUCAUCGUUACUUUAGGGUUGUAUUGAGAGCUAUUUUGAAAUUAUAUAAGCUAGUUAUUAGAUUACCUAAUGAGUCAAUUCCUAGUGAAAUCAGAAACAAUCCAAGGUUUUAUCCUUAUUUUAAAGAUUGUAUUGGAGCAUUAGAUGGAACUCAUGUUCGUGCAUCCAUUCCACUUAGCAUUCAUGGAAGAUUUCGUAGCCGUAAAGGAGGGACGACACAAAAUGUAUUGGCUGCCAUUACAUUUGAUUUGAAAUUUUCCUAUGUUCUAGCUGGUUGGGAAGGAAGUGCACAUGAUUCUCGUAUUUUAAGUGAUGCACUUUCACGCCCAAGUGGAUUAAGAAUUCCAGAAGGUAAUUAUUAUCUUGCUGAUGUUGGAUAUGGCAUCCGAAAUGGAUAUAUUACCCCAUAUCGUGGUGUUCGAUAUCAUUUAAAAGAGUUUAGUGCUCAGGGGCCUGAAAAUGCAAAGGAAUUCUUUAAUCUUCGUCAUCCAUCAUUGCAAAUCACUAUUGAACAUGUUUUGGGGAUUUUGAAGAAACGAAUGGGUAAGGGCAACAAAGAAGGGACCUCUAAGCAAUUCAGGUGGACAAAAUUGAUGGAACAUCUUUUUCUUGAAAUUCUAGCAGAGGAGGCCCAGAAAGGAAAUAAGCCUUCUAAUACUUUCAAAGCAGUUUCUAUUAAUCAAGUUGUCGAUGUAACACCCCGAACCUGA